GGUCUUCCGAUAUUCAGAGUCCAAACAGACCCAAAGCCCUCGCCCUUCCUCAAUCCUCUUCGUCUUCCUCCGAACUCGGCGGUUGAAGACUCGCCGUCGCCCUCAAAUCGGCUGAAUCCGCCGGCGCAACGAUGUCGUACGACGACGUGGAGAUUGAAGACAUGGAGUGGAAUGAGGAACUGCAGGCCUUCACGUACCCAUGCCCGUGCGGCGACUUGUUCCAGAUUACGAAGGAGGAUCUUAAGCUCGGUGAAGAGAUUGCUCGGUGCCCUAGCUGUUCUCUUUACAUCACAGUUAUCUACAACAUGGAAGAUUUUCUCGGAGACUCUGAUCAGAAGAAUAACAAAGGACUUCAGCCCUCCAAGCAACAGCCUAUCGUUGUCGCUUGACAAUUCAGAGUCCUCGAACGCGAAUCAUGGUGUAACCACGACAGCUACACAUGUUGUUGCAGAUGAAAUUUUGUCAUCCAUUGUUGUUAUUUCGGAGACGUUCGUCGCCAUUAUAGUUUCUUCUUUUUCUUUUGUUUUCUUCCCCACCCCUUGAAAAAGUAAUUUAUAGAUUCUUGAUCUUUGCACAAUCUAAUGGUAAAGAGUGGUGAUUUCUUUGGUCGAUCUUUCAGACACAGAAUGGAUGAAAAGCUCUAAUGAUCUAAAUCCUUUGCUGUUCCUCA